CCCUGCUCACAGCGCGCCGCGGCAGCGAGACAGACAGCUGAGUCACACACGCUCACAGACCCGGAGAAACAGAACCGACAGUGAGGCUGAAGAAAGAGCGACAAAACCACAGACGUGACCUCAGUGAAAGUGUGGCCUCACCCGUCGACACCAUGCUGACCAUCACGCUGAAGACGCUGCAGCAGCAGACCUUCAAGAUAGAGAUAGACCCCGAAGUGACGGUGAAAACCCUGAAGGAGAAAAUAGAGGGUGACAGAGGAAAAGAUGCGUUUCCUGCUGCUGGACAGAAACUCAUCUACGCAGGUAAAAUCUUAAACGAUGACACUCCGCUCAAAGAGUACAAAAUAGAUGAGAAGAACUUUGUGGUUGUCAUGGUAACCAAGCCAAAAGCAGCGCCUGCUCCAAAAGAGGCCCCUCAGCCGUCUCCUCCACCCGCUGCAGCUUCAGCACCAGCCUCCACCUCCUCCACCUCACCACCAGCCUCUGGCCCGGCACAAGUAGCCUCAACACCGACACAAGCGGCGUCCGUGUCUGAACCUGCUCCACAGUCAGUGCCUCUCUCUGAACCCCCGUCCUCGUCCUCAGUCCCAGAAAACACAGCGACAGAUUCUGCUGAAGCAGCAUCAGCAUCAGCAUCCGCAGCAGCAGCUCUGGACUCAAAGGCAGACUCGGCUCCAGCUGUGACUCCAGCUGAUGCUCCGGCUCCAGCUCCUGAAGCUGUUCAGCCAGCCUCAGCCACUGCAGACACGUCUACACCCGCUGCACAGCCAGAAGACACUUCGGAGGAAAACUCAGAGGAUCAGCCUUCGAUCACGGAACCAGAGCAAUCAUCUGCCUCCAGCCUUGUUGAUGAACUGGGACUCCUUGAAGAAGCGGCGUCAAUACUGGUAACAGGCCCCGCCUAUGAGAACCUGGUGUCUGAGAUCAUGUCCAUGGGUUAUGAGCAGGAGCAGGUCGUCGCUGCGCUCAGAGCCAGCUACAACAACCCGGACCGAGCAGUGGAGUAUCUGCUCAUGGGGAUUCCAGCAGAAGCCACUGAUCUCCCAUCUCAAGAACCAGUGAGACACAGCGCUCCAUCCAACCCCCCGAUCCCUGCGACACAGCCACCACAACCUCCUCCUCUGCCCUCCACUGGUGGUGGAGGAGGCUCUGCUCCGCCCACGGCGAACCCUCUGGAGUUCCUGAGGAACCAGCCUCAGUUCCAGCAGAUGAGACAGAUCAUCCAGCAGAACCCGGCGCUUCUACCAGCGCUGCUGCAGCAGCUCGGCAGAGACAACCCACAGCUGCUGCAGCAAAUCACGCAGCACCAGCAGCAGCAGUUUGCAGAUGCGAAUGAAAACACAAUUUUGGCAGGGUGCUUUACACGGAAAGCGCAGGGAGAGCCGGUGUUCAGGGUCAACCACACAAAACCACAUAUCCAAGUCACCCCACAGGAGAAGGAGGCCAUCGAGAGGUUAAAAGCACUGGGCUUCCCUGAAGGCUUAGUCAUCCAGGCUUACUUUGCCUGCGAGAAGAAUGAAAAUCUGGCCGCAAACUUCCUUCUACAACAAACGUGGGACGACGAGUAGUCAAGCGUCACGUGACAUCAUCACCGCUCAACAAGAGGGGCCCCCGGAGAGGAGGACGACGAUGACGGGAGGUCCAGAGGGAAGGAAUGAGGGAAUGUAGGAGGGGAGGAGAGGAAAGACAACAUAUCUUUUCGCGCCAUUGAGACAGUGGUCCGAUGGUGGCAGUGACAAUGAUGAUGAUUUUGCUGUUCAAAGUUCGCUGUGCUGCCUGCUCUCUCCAUUCUGCUGUGUUGAUGAGCUCACACUGAGCCGUGCCUCACCACUGCUGCGUUGUUGCUGCUGCCGCUUGUGCUGAGCGAUCACACUGAGAGACGUCACACCAGGAGACACAUGUCAACAGCCUGCAUCACCUCUCACUGUAGAGGCCGAUCAACAGUGGCUGUUUCUAUGUUUUUUUUUUGGGGAAUUCAGGGCAGUCGAUGGAUGAUAAUGAUGCCAAUUGUUUUGUCAGUUUUUUUUUCCUCCAUCUGAUAAAAUAUACGAACACUAAUGGUGUAUUUCCACCGGCUCUACUCGGCUCGCCACACCACUAGCAUAGUACCUGGUACCAGUGCCGGCGAGGUUCCAAAAGCGUGCUGAGAAGGUAGUGUGCAAUGAUUGGUCAGGUGUGUGUGUCACAUAUAAAACGAAGUCACUUUUUAUUGUAGUAAUGCAACCUAACCGUGCUGUGUCGUGCCGUGGAAAUGCGCCAUAAUGGUCUGUCUGCAGUGCAAUUUUUAGACAGUAUUCUCAAUUAAAAGAAUGUAUAAACCCAUGAAUCAGGUCGUUCGAAAGCUAAAAUAAGACAUUUUUGGAUGAAAAAAACUUAACUUUUAGCAAAAUUUAUCAAGUUGCUGAGAACAGAAAUGUGUAAUUUGUAAUAAUUAUUUAAAGAAUGGGCAAAUAUCGGCCCUGACUGAUUACACAGAUAUGCAUUACACUAUCCUGCCCUGUUGAUUAAUCUGAGAGUGUGAUGCAAACUGUUGACUUGACUGUUUUUGGGAUUGCACAUUGCUUUACCUUAAAGGGAUAGUUCAGGUUUUUUAAGUGUGGUUGCACAAUGUUUGCCGUGCGUGCGAGGAACAAGCGUGAGAGGUUGUUUUGUUUUCUGCAUUAUCUCGGUGUUGGACAACCUUUUCCUUGAGUUGUUUAACCGUUCAUGCUCCUCCAAACUUCAUUGAGAAAAUCAUCAUUUUUAGCUCACAGGAACACAGUGGCUGCUGGUCUGCUGCUGCUGCCUCAUUUGGUCAUUUUUUUUAAACACUGACAUCAUAAAACAACACAUUUGAAUUUGCUGAUGGGGGCAGCAGUGGAUCAACAACUCCUGUGUGCUGUGAUGUAAAAUCACUGGAUUUCUCUAUGAGCUUUUGUGUGAGGAGAGCGAGCCGUUUACAAACAUAAUAUCCUAAACAUGUUUUAGACUUAAGCAGAUAUGGAUUUGUGGGCCUUUUGUUAAGUGGUGAAAAUCAGUUUUUCUGGUGACACCAUAAAACCACACUUUAAAAAACCUGAUAUCUAUUUCUGAUCAUUACAUUUUGGUUGUUUUUUUUUGUCCUGUGUUGGUGUGUUGAGUGGGAGACUGAGUGUUUGCGGCCAGAUGGAGCCUCAGGUUUUGUUGCUUCUGUUGUUUUUGGACGUUAAGGAAAUGGCUCAUGAAGUGCCACGCUGCUGCCUACUCUGCCAGCCAGAUAUGAUUUAAUCACUACUGUUCUGAGAGGAAGUUUUCUCUUAACUCUUAGUAUUUCCUCAGCUGACGUCACAUGACUCAGGGUGUUUACACCGCCAUGUUGGCAGGAAAAACUUAAAGGUACCACUGCUGGUUUCAAGCUUUAAGAGUUCACUGUGCACUUUAAAAUCCAUAGAGAUCAAGCAAAACUGAACUAUAUCUGAUCCUUACGCUGCCCCCUGGUGAUUGACACGAGUAUAGAACUGCCGGAGUGAACGUUAUACCAACUUUCUAAUAAACUUGUCCUCAUUUUACUCCAGAAAAUUCUCACACAUCGCAAUAAAAGUGUGCAAAAUUAACAAGAUAUUUAAGUGAAUUAGCUGAGGUUAAGUCAGCAGUUGAGGGGAAACUUCACUUAUGACGACCAUCUUCCUUUCUUUGCCAAAUAGAAUAAAUGUUUUAUGAAUGUCAUUUUGUUUCAAAAUACAGUUACACACAUGCACGUCAACAUCAUUUUGGAGUUGUUUCCCUUAAGUUUCCCCUUAACUGCCAGCCGGGAAGCUGCAAAUCUGGAUGCAGACUUCAGCUUCUUGAUUAACUCUGUCUUCUACACUCACUCUGCUGUCCUCAGGACCUUCUGUGAUUUGGUCAAAUGUUGUCAACCUGGUCAUCCUGGUUCACGACAUCUUUCCACCACCUUAACGUUUUAUAAUAAUAAAAAAAAAAACAGUGGGUGAAGAGAGAUAUUACCAUGUAAAAAAAAAAAAAUACUGCCAAUUAUAAAUUAUCUAUGGGAACAGUGACACAAAAUUCCUGCCAAAAUGGCGCUGUUUUGGUUGUGUGACGUCAGCUAGCGGAGUUCUAUUGUUGCGUUUCCAUUUGUAGUUGGAACUCGGAAUUUUUUAAUCUCGAAAACUCGGGAUUCCCAGAGGGCUGCCACCAUACAAACACGGCUACUUUCACCGUCAAUAGCCUAAUUUUUGUUGUAUUUGUCUCACAGUAAUUCGUAGAUUGUACACAUCGGACCGUUUAAUUUUUAAUCGUAGACACAUUGUUGCGCUGUGAGUGCACUAAAUAUCCUUGUAGAGCGUUGUUGUUAUUAUUGACUUUUUUAAUUUUACUAACAGUGGCUAGCCCAAAAUGCAAUUUUCAGUUCCGACUUCUUAAUUUGAACCCUGGGUCAAUGUCACUGCUUCCGAGUUCUGACAUAAAAGGAACGCAGCAUUUUCAGCCCCGCCCAUUUCCCCACCCUUUUCUAUGCCUCGCUGUUCAAACACAGCUCAUUUUUCCUGAUGGUGUUGCAGUUUUACCAACGUAGUGUUCUGAAAAUAUAGUGACGACAUUUAAUUAUCGAUUAACAACAACAAAAAAAGAAAGUGCUCGCAGCCAAAACAAAUGAACAAGUCCUAUUUUCAGUGUCCGGCAUGUGCUUUGCUGUUUCUCCUGUUUUUCUUUGUUUUAGUUUGAACUGGAAGUGAAUGCAGGUGUUGUAUCAUGUCAUAUAUUGUGUAAAGGGUGUAAUUGCAGACUUUGGGGGGAAAGGUGAAGAGGCACUUUACUGUGACGGAGACGCUGCUCGAACUCGUUGACAGGUGGUUGGUUGCAUGAAGUGAUGAGACCAAUGUGGUGUUUGCUCUCAUCUCAGUUUAUCUGUUGAUUUGUUUUGUUUGUUUGUUUUUGGGGUUUAUAAUGAUGAUAAUAAUAAUAAUUACAACCUUAAUACAUAGACAUUGGUUGAGGUUUUGCUGAAUAGUUGUGAAUGAAUAAAAAAACAAACAUUUUUUGUUUCAACAUUGUGUAAAAUAAAGUGCUUUUACAGAGCAGCGGAGAUGAA